AAGAUAAAAGAGUCCAACACUAAACAUAAAUUUUGCAGGGUGAUAAGCUUAAUGGUUAUGGUGAGCUUUAUAUCCAUAGAAAUCCCAAAGGAACAACUCAAGUGCUUUUCAGAGGCAACCUCACCAAGGUUGCUUAUUUUAUUGCUUCUGCUUUAUGCCAAAUGGGUAUCCAGAUAUGGCUGGUUGGAGAUGGAUUGACCAAAGAAGAACAAAUUAAAGCAUCGAAAGGAACAUUAUUCAUUCCCUUUUCUCAAUUCCCUCCAAAGAGGUUGCGCAAAGACUGCCUCUACCUCACUCCACCAGCAAUGAUGUCUCCCAAGUCUUUUCAGAACAUAGACUCUUGUGAGAAUUGGUUGCCGAGAAGGGCAAUGAGUGCAUCGCGUGUAGCUGGGGUGAUUCAUGCAUUAGAAGGAUGGAAUGUGCACGAGUGUGGUAACACAAUGUUCAACAUUGAGAAAAUAUGGGAAGCUAGUCUCCAUCAUGGAUUUCGUCCUUUAACGAUCCCCACAUGAUCACAUCAUCAGAUGCAUAAACCAAU